AUGCAUGACCUCAAGAGCAUUCCGACAAAGGCUUACGUUGUUGAGAAGAAAGGCGCCCCGUUUGUUCUCCAAGAUAUUUUACUAGACGAGAUACAGAGCCAUGAGGUUCUUGUGGAGAUCUUGUAUACUGGCCUAUGCCAUACGGAUAUCGUAGUUCAACAUGGUGGCAUGCCCGUUGGUGGCUAUCCUGCCAUUCUAGGUCACGAAGGUGUUGGAGUGGUGCGCAAAAUUGGAUUGAGUGUUUCUAAUCGGAGUUUACUCCCUGGUGACAUCGUCAUCCUAUCGUUCCAUGCAUGCCAACAGUGUCGAUAUUGCCGAGAGGGGAAGCUUGGAAGUUGUACCCGUAUGACAGAGGUCAACUUCAUCAGAACCGGCCGGGAUGGUCCUGGAAUGAACUCGCCAGCCUCUCUUCCAGAUGGGACGCCGGUAUUUGCGCAAUUUUUUGGACAGUCAUCUUUGAGCAAGUUGAUGAUAGUUCCAGAGAGCUCUGUAGUGAAAGCCGGGUUGUGUCUUGAAGACAACCUCUCCUGCUUGCCAUCGUUAUCAUGCGGCUAUCUGACUGGAGCAGGGACGGUAUUUAAUGCAUUGCAACCGAAGCAAUCUGACACAAUUGCAGUCGUUGGUAUGGGUGCUGUGGGAUUUGCUGCUUUGAUGGCGGCUCGAGCGCUUGGAGUCGCGCAGAUUAUAGCUGUCGAUAUUGUUGAUGAAAAGCUUCAAAUGGCGAUUAGCCUUGGAGCCACUCAUACCAUCAACUCCAGAGCAUUCCAGGACAUCAACGAGGGCAUCCGAAGUAUCUUCCCAGAUGGCGUUGACAUGAUAGUCGAGGCAACAGGAAUAGCCAUUCUCGCAGAAGCAUCAGUGAAAGCGCUGGCCCAUGGGGGAACGUUGGCUCUUGUUGGCGCGCUACCCCCAGAAGCUGACAUUAAGAUCAACGGACUAGACGUGUUGACUUCCUGCAAGAAAAUUGUAGGCGUUAUUGAAGGAUCUUCAAAUCCUCACGAGAUGAUUCCGCGGCUUGUUGAGCUAUACAAGCAGAGCAAAUUUCCUGUAGACAAACUGUCCAAGGUCUAUCCAGCCGAACAAUUGGAUCAAGCUUUGGAGGAUCUGAAGACUGGAAAGGUGAUUAAACCGGUUUUGUCGUGGGAAAGCGUGGCAUCUUCUAAGUAA